AUGGGGAAUGUGAAUGGAAGAGAAGAAGAAGAAGGUGCAAUUACUCCAUCAAGUGGUGGUGGCGGUGCUGGUGGGAGCGGUGAAGAAGAAAGCAAUAACAGUAGUGAGGUUAUGGUUGCAUCAGAUGAGUCACAUGUUAAUUAUCCUCCUCCUCCUCCUGAAAUGAUGGGUCACUCACCUCCUCACAGCCCUAGAGCGACGCACUCACCUCUUAUGUUCACUCCUCAGGUCCCGGUGGUUCCGUUGCAAAGACCUGAUGAGAUUCAAAUUCCAAGCCACUCAUGGAUGCAAUCUUUAGGGUAUGAAGAAAUGAGUAACGAGCAAGGAAUUCCAACAAUGAUUACGUGGAGCUAUGGUGGCAAGGAAGUAGCUGUCGAGGGAUCCUGGGAUGACUGGAAAACAAGAAUUCCCUUGCAAAGAUCUGGAAAAGACUUCACUAUAAUGAAAGUUCUGCCAUCCGGUGUUUACCAAUACAGGUUUAUUGUUGAUGGACUGUGGAGGUAUUCCCCUGACUUGCCCUGGGCCAAAGAUGAUGCUGGCAAUGCUUACAAUACUUUGGAUUUGCAGGACUUUGUUCCAGAAGACCUUAAAAGUAUAUCUGGUUUUGAAGCCCCUCAGUCCCCAGAGUCAAGCUACAGCAAUUUGCAACUCGGUAGCGAGGAUUUUGCGAAGGAGCCACCCAUGGUUCCUCCACACUUACAAAUGACACUGCUCAAUAUGCCUUCAUCCUACAUGGAGAUUCCUCCUCCUUCAUCAAGACCUCAACAUGUUGUGCUUAAUCAUCUCUAUAUGCAGAAGGGGAGGAGUGGGCCUGCUGUGGUGGCACUUGGUUCAACGCAUAGAUUCUCAGCCAAGUAUGUGACUGUGGUGCUUUACAAGUCUUUGCAGAGGUAA